AUGUAUCUCUUGGCUUACCCUCAAAGACCUGUUGUUAAGACGAAACCCAUAGAACUAAUACAUUACGACAAAUUGCCUGCCGGUGCCAAUGCAAUGGUGGCCGUCAUGUCGUACAGUGGCUUUGAUAUAGAAGACGCCACUGUUAUGAACAAAGCCAGUCUGGACAGGGGUUACGGCCGCUGUUUUGUAUACCGGAAUCAGAAGUGUGUUCUCAGGAGUUAUUCUAAAUUCAAUAAUAUUAAGGACAGAAUUAUGGGUCCAAUUGUUUCCGCCGAACCGCCGUAUAAGCCGAUCGCCAAACACUCGUGCCUUGACUUGGAUGGCAUCGCAGCCCCCGGAGAGGUAGUCAGCAAUCGGUCAGUUAUGGUCAACAAGUCAUCGCCUGUUGUCAGCAAUAUUGACGACACGAGUCUCCCAAAUGUUGGCGGAAGGGCUGCAAUGGAUUCGACGGCAUAUAAGGACUGUCCCGUCACUUACAGAGGAAUCGAAGACGUGGUUAUCGAGAAAGUGAUGAUCACAUCGAACAGCGAGGAGUCGUUUCUAAUAAAACUACUUCUGAGGCAAAUGAGAAGACCAGAAGUGGGCGAUAAGUUUAGUUCACGACACGGACAGAAGGGAGUCAUUGGACUGAUUGUGCCUCAGGAGGACCUGCCCUUCAAUGUGGACGGCAUUUGUCCCGAUAUGGUGAUGAAUCCGCAUGGAUUUCCCUCCCGUAUGACUGUCGGUAAGCUUAAGGAAUUAGUUGCGGGAAAGUCAGCGCUUAUUGCCGGCACUCUACACGACGGCACUGUAUUCGGUGGGACGACCAUCGAUGAGAUAUCGGAAAUUAUGUUGAAAUAUGGCUUCAAUUAUAACGGCACAGAAGUUCUGACUUCUGGCAUAACUGGGGAACCAUUGAGUGCUUACAUAUAUUUCGGACCCAUUUAUUACCAAAAGCUAAAACACAUGGUUUUGGACAAAAUCCACGGCCGUUCCCGAGGACCUCGAGCUGUGCUCACUCGACAACCCACUGAAGGUCGUGCCAGAGAUGGAGGUUUGCGUUUAGGAGAAAUGGAAAGGGAUUGCCUGAUAGGACACGGCGUG